AACGAAACAUAGGUAAAACAAAAAUAAAAUAAAAGAGUUCUUUGCGACGUUCUAGUGAGGGAGGGCUUUGAAACCGAACUGUGCGAAGGUGGUUUGGGAUAUAUAUAUAUAUAUAAGAAAGUGAUAUCAGCCAUCUUUUUGGUACCAUCAGUCUAUCAGCCAUCGCCUUCAAAACCCAGCAAGAAACUCCUAAACACCACCUUCACCGCCCAAGAUGUCAUUGUUGAAAGUUUUUCUUUGAAUUAAUUAUUACCACAAGAAGGCACUGAUUCCAUUGAGAUCCAUCUCACAGAGAAAAAAGAUGGGUGUUGGCAGCCUGAAAAGCAUCCUGGCCGAAGCAGCUAUUCAAGGAUUGACUGAAGUAAGGGCGAAGAUUUUUGGGCAUGUUCUUAACCCAACAGGGGCGAAGUCUAGCCAUAAGAUCUUACGCAAGAAGCUUAUUGGUGAGAAAGUUGCGCAGUGGUAUCCUUACGACAUCAAGAAAGAUGAUCCUCUUGUCAUGGCCCAAGAAGAACAAGAGCGCAUAGCAAAACUUGAAAUGUUGAAGCGUCGUGGAAAGGGACCGCCUAAGAAGGGCCAAGGAAAGAAAGCUAAGAAACGUAACUUGUAGAGAUUUCUCCCUUAGUGGUCCUGGAAUUGGAUCAUAGGUUACUCUCAAAGAACAAGGCUACCCGUAGUUCAAUUAUAAGAAAUUUGUGUUUCUGAUCUGAUGGUGCAACAAUCUCUCUUUCAUUUUCCGUCAAAUUUCUAGCGAAAACUUAUUGUAGCUAUUUGUGAAAUGAAUGGCCUUAUUUUGGUACAUUAAAGCAUCUGGGCAACAUGCAUCUUGUUUUA